GUACAGAUGUUGAUGCGCUGACCAUUGAGAAGGUUCAGGAGUUAUGCGCUGAAAGGGAUAAGGUCAAUAAGGAGGUUGAUGAUUUGAGAAAGGAAACUCCAAAGUCCUUUUGGAGGACAGAUGUUGAUGCUUUGGAGGGGCAACUCGAUGAGCUAGAGAAAAGUGAUGUGAGUCAGAGGAGUUAAGAAAGAAAAUGAGAGGCAAAGCAAGGGGUGAAGCUGCUAUGAAGUCUGCUAGACAAGCACCCAAGAACCCACGGAAGAACAAUAAUAAGAAGGGAAAUAAUGCAGAAUCUGUUGCAGAAGCUGUCUCGUCAUCUGUGGCUGCAAUGGAAAUUGAGAAAGCUCCUGAGGCAGCAAAACCCAAAGACAGAGCAGGCUCUAGGAAAGCUCCUGCUAAGGUCUGUUUCUGUUCCUAUGUUCUAUUUUUCCUUGGAAAGGAUGAGCUUAAAGAACGACUUGCUGCCUAUAACCUCGAUGCAUCUCCUGAUCAAUCAGCCGCCAUGGAGACUGAAGUGCCCAAAGUACCGGCCAAGAAGAAAGAACCUAGCAAAAGGGCUGCUGCUGCACAGAAGAAGAAGGCCUUGGCAACUGUUUCGGAGAUAUCUGAUCAUGAUGACGAUCAUUAUAAUGAUAUUAAUGAAAUUGAUGAUGAUGAUGAUGAAGAUAGUGAGAUAGAAGUUGUAGCUACUCCAGAAGCCAGGAAAAAGGGCGGGGGAAAACUGGCUGCAAAUGCUAAGGCAGUUAAGGCCCCUGCAGCGGCAAAGAAGAGAGGUGCAGCCAAUAAGCAGCAGCCUCAGACAUUGGGCCAGAAGCUUUUAACUGACAUGUUAAAGCCUGCUGAAAAUUCCGGGAUUUCACCAGAGAAGAAACUGAGAAAGAUGAGGGCAUCUCCAUUCAACAAGAAAAGUGGUUCUGUGUUGGGAAGGGUUGGUAAGGUAAAUGAAGUGACUGAAAAUGAAGAAAAUUCGGGUUCUGCUUCUACUUCUGCCAGUACUGAAGAAACUAUUGAAGUUGCACCACCAAGAGCAAGACCUCAAAGGGUGAACCAUGCGCAGACAAGGUAUGUGUUGAGUGACUCUGAAAGUGAACAUGCCACUGAGGAUUCUGAAUUUGAUGAAGUGACUGAUGAAAGUGAAAACAAGAAAACAAAAACAAAAAACAAAAAUAGCAUCACCUCAUAAGAAAGCACAUUCAGGCAAUUUUUUAUGCCCAGUUGUGCUUUUGCUUGCUAAGCUUAACUUCUUUUUGUGCUUUCAGAAAGAGUAUGACAGAAUAUGA